GUGAGGUGGCUCACUCACUAACGGGGGACCGCUAUGGCCUUGCUGAAGGAACUUGUCAGAGCCCGGAAUCUGCUUCUAGUUGUCCUCGUCCCGCUCCUGUUCCUGCCUCUGCCGCUCCUCUACCCUAACAGUGAGGCCGCGUGCGCCUAUGUGCUGAUCGUCACGGCCGUGUACUGGGUGUCGGAGGCCGUCCCGCUGGGAGCUGCGGCCCUGGUCCCGGCCUUCCUCUACCCGCUCUUCGGAGUCCUCAGAUCCAGCGAGGUGGCCGCCGAGUAUUUCAAGAACACUACCCUGCUCUUGGUUGGGGUCAUCUGCGUGGCUGCAGCGGUGGAGAAGUGGAACUUGCACAAACGUCUGGCUCUGCGCAUGGUCAUCCUGGCUGGGGCCAAGCCUGGCAUGCUGCUGCUGUGCUUCAUGGGCUGCACUGCCCUCCUGUCAUCCUGGCUCUCCAAUACCUCCACCACCGCCAUGGUGAUGCCCAUCGCUGAGGCCGUGCUGCAGGAGUUGUUCAAUGCUGACGAAGAGCCAGAGGCCCCGGACCCCUCGGGCCCCCCUCUCAGCGAAGACGUGGAACCCAAGGGUCUGAGUGAGAAGAAUGGCCAGCCAUCUCUGGAGCUGAUUUUUGUCAAUGAAGACUCUUCAGCCCCAGGCUUCCCUUCUCAGGUGAAGAACAAGGCCCGGCCGGACGUCCUUUCCCCGCUGGGCCCGAAGUACAGGUCGCAGCACCAUCACAUGGUCUGCAAGUGCCUGUCCCUGAGCAUCUCCUACGCGGCCACCAUCGGCGGGCUGACCACCAUCAUCGGGACUUCCACCAGCCUCAUCUUCCUGGAGCACUUCAACAACCAGUACCCGGCCUCGGAGGUGGUCAACUUCGGCACCUGGUUCCUGUUCAGCUUCCCCAUCUCCCUCGUCCUGUUGGGGCUGAGCUGGCUCUGGCUGCACUGUCUGUUCCUGGGGUGCAAUUUCAAGGAGACCUGCUCUCUGAGCAAGGAAAAGAAGACCAAGAGCGAAGAGCUGUCAGAGAGGAGGAUCCGUGAAGAAUAUGAAAAGAUGGGACCCAUCAGCUACCCCGAGAUGGUGACUGGCUUUUUCUUCAUCCUGAUGACCCUGCUCUGGUUCACCCGGGAGCCGGGCUUUGUGCCCGGCUGGGAUUCUUUCUUUGAAAAGAAAGGCUACCGCACCGAUGCCACCGUCUCCGUCUUCCUCGGCUUCCUCCUCUUCCUCAUCCCGGCCAAGAAGCCCCGCUUAGGCAAAGAGAAAGGGGAGAAUGGAGAAAGCACUCCGUCCGGGAGCUCGACGGAGCCGAUACUCACCUGGAAGGACUUCCAGAAGACAAUGCCGUGGGAGAUCGUGGUUCUGGUGGGAGGCGGCUACGCCUUGGCCGCUGGAAGCAAGACCUCCGGCCUCUCCCUGUGGAUCGGGCGCCAGAUGCUGUCCUUGAGUAGCCUCCCGCCCUGGGCGGUCACCCUGCUGGCGUGCAUCCUGGUCUCUAUGGUAACGGAGUUUGUGAGCAACCCAGCCACCAUCACCAUUUUCCUGCCGAUCCUGUGCAGUCUGUCGGAAACCCUCCGCAUCAACCCGCUCUACACGCUGAUUCCCGUCACCAUGUGCAUCUCCUUCGCCGUCAUGCUGCCCGUGGGCAACCCCCCCAAUGCCAUCGUCUUCAGCUACGGCCACUGCCAGAUCAAAGACAUGGUGAAAGCUGGCUUGGGAGUCAACGUGAUCGGGCUUGCGGUAGUGAUGGUGGCUAUCAACACUUGGGGAGUCAGGCUCUUCCACUUGGAUGUCUUCCCCGGCUGGGCCGAGGCCGGCAACGUCACCGACCGGGCCUGACCGGCCCGGAGCAGCGGUCCGGCCCUCCAGCUGGCCGGGCCACCGCCGGAACCCCGGGGUCUGACGCCAGAAAGCCCAGCCCCGAGCCCCCCAUCUCCGGACCCUCUUUCUCCUCCAGCCCCUGAAGGGGAAGGGGGAGUCCUGCAGCAACGGAGAGACGGAGUUUGGCCUUUCCGGCUGCAUCCCGGUCACCAAUGGGGCUGAACCAUUCAGGAAGCAGUCGGACUGCAGAGAGAAACCUCAGAUGUCCUCCAUCGGCAGAGGGUGAAGCGUCCUCUUGGGCGGAGAGUACCUUCCACGCCCGACUUAGAGCCUAAAGUGCGAUUCUGGGUUCUCCAAACAC